UCGACUCUGUACUUAAUUAAAAAAUAAAAUCAUAGGAGUUAGUCUAACAAAGGACGGGAUCCAAGAUAUUUUUCCAUUUUCCAAAGUGUGUAUCAAGUCUCUGAAAUUGGUUUAUAUCUAAUGAGCUGAUCUGUUCGUCCCAGCGAGGAUGGUGCCAACUUUUAUAAAAGUUACAAGUAUUGAAGUUAAACAAAGAAGUGAAUUGCGAAAGCGUCGAGUUUGACUAGAAAUUUGCACCAACGUGGAAGUUCAACGGGAGCACACAAGAUUAAUGAAUGUACAAUAAAUAAUUACUUAAAUAGGAGUUGUAAAGAGCCUGUGCUGCUGGUUUCAUUCCUUGUGGUUGUCGACUUUGUGUGUACGCCUCUUGCCUACACUGCCAUACCUUAAUAGUUAGAAUACGUUAAUAAAGAACGUAGGAAAAUCGAUAAAAAAAUAGUUUAUAAAUUGAAUUGCUACAAGAACGCUGAUAGUAAAUAGCUGAAUAUGUCAAGUAAUCACUACCAUAACCACAACUCAUACAACAUGGGAGGAUCCGGCAGCGGCUCUAAUCAGCACUACUCUAACGGUGACACUAAAAAUGAGUUCAAUAAUCAGCACAAUCAAGGGAUUGUCCGCUUGACAAAUGGUUACAAUUUAAAACCGCUGGCCAAUGUGGCUGUACCCGAUAUGUGCUUAUUUUGCUUCCAAGUACUGGAUUGUGAGUUAAAUAACAUUGAGGGACCAGGUACACCACCAUUUACCAAUGACGCUUAUCCUCUCUUUGUAACCUGGAAGACGGGCCGCGACAAGCGGUUACGUGGCUGUAUAGGAACAUUUAGCGCUAUGCAUCUUCACUCGGGAUUGCGUGAAUAUGCCUUAACAAGCGCGUUGAAAGAUUCUAGAUUUGCUCCGAUCUCAAGGGAAGAACUACCAAAACUGACAGUUUCAGUUUCAAUUUUGCAAAAUUUUGAAGAAGCAAACGGCCAUUUAGAUUGGUCAUUAGGUGUUCAUGGCAUACGAAUAGAGUUUAUAAAUGAACGCGGAUGCAAACGCACUGCAACAUACCUUCCGCAAGUAGCUACGGAACAAGGUUGGGAUCAAAUACAAACAAUAGACUCUCUCCUUAGGAAAGGAGGUUAUCGAGCUGCCAUUACACCAGAAACUCGUAAAUCAAUUAAGCUAACCCGCUACCGCUCUCAGGAAAUUCAAAUGAAUUAUAAAGAAUAUCGUGAAGUUGUCGAACGUCGGGGACAAUACUGCAAAGUGCAAUGCUAACAGCAACCGAAUUGCAAUUGGAAUAGAAUAAAUCGACGAAAAGAAAGGUCGUAUACAUUUAAUUUAAUUUCAAUAUAAAUCCUCUAGCCAAGUGGCACAGAACGAAUAUAAUAAUAGUUAAUAUAAGAAACCACAUUAAUUAAUAAUUGAACUCUUAACUUCUCUUUAAAUAGCAAAACAAAAUAUGCGUAUUCUGACGAAAAGAAACUUGUCAAUUGUCAAGAACAAUUGGAAUACUUUCCGUCAAUGGGUGUGUUAAUUCGUAUAGAAAGUAAUUGUUUCCUGAAUUUCCUAAUUUAUGCGUAUAUAAACUGUUGUCCCUAAAAUUCUAAUAUAAAUUCAUUUAAUAAAAAUAUAUUGAAAUAA